UUCUCGAAAGCUGAUCGUACCAAAACGAAAUUCAAUUCAAUAUCACUGCUCUUUGAAUUUUUAAGCUUUUUUGGUUUCAAAAAAAAAAUUAUGGCUUCUCGAAGGCGGAUGCUUCUCAAGGUCAUAAUCCUCGGCGAUAGUGGGGUGGGGAAGACAUCUCUGAUGAACCAGUAUGUGAAUCGCAAGUUUAGCAACCAAUACAAGGCCACAAUUGGAGCUGAUUUCUUGACAAAAGAAGUUCAGUUUGAGGAUAGGUUGUACACAUUACAGAUAUGGGAUACAGCUGGGCAGGAAAGGUUCCAAAGCCUUGGCGUGGCUUUCUACCGUGGAGCAGAUUGUUGUGUUCUAGUGUAUGAUGUGAAUGUCAUGAAGUCAUUCGAGAACCUUAACAACUGGAGAGAAGAAUUUCUGAUCCAGGCCAGCCCAUCUGAUCCUGAGAACUUUCCAUUUGUUGUAUUGGGGAAUAAGAUAGAUGUUGAUGGUGGCAAUAGUCGAGUGGUGUCUGAGAAGAAAGCCAAGGCAUGGUGUGCUUCCAAGGGGAUACCUUACUUUGAGACCUCCGCAAAAGAGGGAUUCAAUGUGGAUGCAGCUUUCCAGUGUAUAGCUAAAAAUGCUCUGAAAAAUGAACCUGAAGAAGAAAUAUACCUUCCCGAUACUAUUGAUGUUGCUGGAGGAAAUCAACCAAGAUCAACAGGAUGUGAAUGUUGAAGAUGAUCUAAUGAUUUAUUUACUACAAGACGGUUCAAUUCUCUGUAUUUGAUUUUAGAUUCCGGACUCCUCUCUUCGGAAGUGUAAUUAUGAUGUUGCACCUUAAUUUUUUUCCUCCUUGGAUACUUAUUGAUGUUUCAGACUCUACAAUGAUACAUGAUAAUGUACUGUUCAUGAUCCAUUCACUUGACUACAGGUUUGACCCGUUUU